AUGACCUACACUAGCACCAACAUCGAAAGGCUGAGGCUCUCGCUUCUUAAGGUCAUCAAUAUCUUGAGCAUGUGCCAAGCAGGUCGCUCUCCCUGUGACUAUUUCUCUUUAGCGGUCCAGUUCCAUGACAAACAAGAGAGAUGGUUCUCCCGGCUGAACCUUGAUAUCUCUGGCAACGGCCGCUUCUGCAUUGAAUCCCUUAUCCACGGGUGCGACAGCGAUGUAGACCGUCGCCACUUGACUCGAAAAUUUUGCGGUCCUCGGUUUUCAUGGAAUAGUUUGCGGAUUCUCGUUCACUUGAUGAUCUAUAUGGCGAAGCUGCCCUUAGCUGAGGAGAAUAUCGCCGAAGCCAACACUCCUUGA